AUGUUGGUGUACAAUAAGACGGGUGUCUGGUCGACAGGGGGUGGAGGUGGUGUUCCAGGUACUGAGCCGUCCCAUACGUCUCGCUGGAACAGUCAGAGACGAUGGGACGGCCCGAGCCUGGCCCUCGGCUCUUCGCUCCCUCUCAGGUCUGCUUUAAUCAAAAAAGGCAUUUCUGGAGGGAGGAGUUCCUGUGGAGGGAACCACUCUGAGGUCCCUCUGAAAGGCCUGGACUGGGACGUGUCUCCACUAUUUUUGAAGUCUAGUGUGGGGAUAAAACUGAGACCUCUUUUCAUUUCCAGCCCCCUUGUGCUUAAGCUUCAGCAAGAUGAGGAAGAGGAGCAGCAAGAUGAGGAAGAGGAGCAGCCAGAGGAGGAAGAGGAGCAGCCAGAGGAGGAAGAGGAGCAGCCAGAGGAGGAAGAGGAGCAGCCAGAGGAGGAAGAGGAGCAGAAAGAAGAGGAAGAGGAGCAGCAAGAUGAGGAAGAGGAGCAGCAAGAUGAGGAAGAGGAGCAGCCAGAGGAGGAAGAGGAGCAGCCAGAGGAGGAAGAGGAGCAGCAAGAAGAGGAAGAGGAGCAGCAAGAGGAGGAAGAGGAGCAGCAAGAUGAGGAAGAGGAGCAGCCAGAGGAGGAAGAGAGCAGCCAGAAGAGGAAGAGGAGCAGCAAGAUGAGGAAGAGGAGCAGCAAGAUGAGGAAGAGGAGCAGCCAGAGGAGGAAGAGGAGCAGCCAGAGGAGGAAGAGGAGCAGCAAGAAGAGGAAGAGGAGUAGCAAGAUGAGGAAGAGGAGCAGCCAGAGGAGGAAGAGGAGCAGCAAGAGGAGGAAGAGGAGCAGCCAGAGGAGGAAGAGGAGUAGCCAGAGGAGGAAGAGGAGCAGCCAGAAGAGGAAGAGGAGCAGCCAGAGGAGGAGGAGGAGCAGCAAGAGGAGGAAGAGGAGCAGCCAGAGGAGGAAGAGGAGCAGCAAGAAGAGGAAGAGGAGCAGCCAGAGGAGGAAGAGGAGCAGACAGAGGAGGAAGAGGAGCAGCAAGAAGAGGAAGAGGAGCAGGAAGAGGAGCAGCCAGAGGAGGAAGAGGAGCAGCCAGAGGAGGAAGAGGAGCAGCCAGAAGAGGAAGAGGAGCAGCCAGAGGAGGAAGGAAGAGGAGCAGCCAGAGGAGGAGGAGGAGCAGCAAGAGGAGGAAGAGGAGCAGCCAGAGGAGGAAGAGGAGCAGCCAGAGGAGGAAGAGGAGCAGCAAGAAGAGGAAGAGGAGCAGCAAGAGGAGGAAGAGGAGCAGCCAGAGGAGGAAGAGGAGAAGCCAGAGGAGGAAGAGGAGCAGCCAGAGGAGGAAGAGGAGCAGCCAGAGGAGGAAGAGGAGCAGCAAGAAGAGGAAGAGGAGCAGCCAGAAGAGGAAGAGGAGCAGCAAGAUGAGGAAGAGGAGCAGCCAGAGGAGGAAGAGGGAGAUAGGAGCAGCAAGAAGAGGAAGAGGAGCAGCAAGAAGAGGAAGAGGAGCAGCCAGAGGAGGAAGAGGAGCAGCCAGAGGAGGAAGAGGAGCAGCCAGAGGAGGAAGAGAGCAGCCAGAGGAGGAAGAGGAGCAGCAAGAAGAGGAAGAGGAGCAGCCAGAGGAGGAAAGAGGAGCAGCCCAGAGGAGGAAGAGGAGCAGCCAGAGGAGGAAGAGGAGCAGCCAGAAGAGGAAGAGGAGCAGCCAGAGGACUGA